AGAAAACCAAACCAAACUGUCAACAAACAGAAAGCAAAAAAGCAAAGCUCAUCUCUCACUUUUUUUUUUUUCAACAAAAGAAAAAAUGGGUUUCCCAGUAGGCUACUCAGAGCUUCUCCUUCCAAAACUUCUUCUCCACGCACUUUCUCUGCUCUUUUACCUUCGCAAAUUCAUUUCCACCCUUUUUCUCUAUCUGGGUCUCCCCGAUUUCCUCGAACCGGACAUUCCCUGGCGUGAAACGGCCGAUACCGAAGCUUCCACCUCCACCUCCGCCUCCUCUUCUCCCACUCGCCACCGCAUCCCAGUCUCAGCUCUCCUUAUUCGGGAACUCCUACCCGUCGUCAAGUUCUCCGACCUUGUCGACCCGCCUGACAGCUGCGCCGUUUGUUUGUACGACUUUGAAGGGGAGGAUGAGAUCAGGCGGUUGACGAAUUGUCGGCAUAUAUUCCAUCGGAGCUGUUUGGACCGUUGGAUGGGAUAUGAUCAGCAAACAUGUCCACUUUGUAGAACGAGUUUUGUUCCUGAUGAUAUGCAAGACACAUUUAAUGAGAGGCUUUGGGCUGCUUCUGGAAUCCCUGAAUUUUUUGGUGACUAUUCUCAAAUUACUGCUUUGUAGCUAUAGCUGUCAAAUUUGAAGGAAAAAGAAAAAUGAAAAAAAGAUGGCUUUUUAAUUAUAAAAUUGUUUUCUUUUUUUAAGAGGGUCGGUGUGUAUAUAUACAUGAAAGAUCCAAAAAAUUACCACAAUAAAGAAAAAAAAAUGAAAAUUGAGCUAUUAAAUCCAGAGAUUUUUAAUUUUUGAGUGAAUG